AAAAAAGUGAAAGUGCGAGUAGAGUUCCAUGUCUGCCCCGGUGCUGGGGAAGAGAGACGCUCUGUUUAACAGUCAUACUCGCUCAGCUGUUCAACACGUGUGGUGUGUUUGUUUUAUAUAUAGUUUCUCGUGCAGCGCGCGCGUGGCUGGAUGUGCACUUCUUUGGGUUAUAAAGUGUCCAGUAAAGAACCCCACACCAUAAGUGUAAAGAAAUAAAAAGAUCUUGUCCUUGGAGCCGUCUGCAUCCCAGUGCGAAACACCGGCCACAGACAGGAGGAGGAGGAGGCGGCGGCGGCGGCAAAUUAGCCUAGGCGCAGAGGGCCAGAGAGACGUAAACAGCCUCCGAACCAUUGCAUGAGGAAAGCACAGCUGCACCUCGGGGAGUCUUGGGGCUGGUGCCAGACUCCUUCAGCAGCGACUGCCAGGUCACUCGGAGAAGCUGGCUGGCGGAGCCUUCCCUUUCGGAAGAGCUGUCCUCUCUCUUACCCCCUCGACCUGGCUCGGUGCCUCGGGGCAGCCUCGGAGGCCAGCCAGCAGCACUCCUCCAACUCCACUCCACCCGGAGCCUGACAGCUGGGCGGUCCGCCUGACCCGCAGGCUGGCUGCGGCACCCUCCGGUAGACAUGCGCCCUGGCGAGCGGCUCCGGUGCGCGGGUCGGAGAAGGCUUGGGGCUGGGGUCCGCAGCUCCCCACCGUUUCCAUUGUGCGGCCGUGCGAAUGGCAGGGGAACGCGCGCGCGCGCGCGCGCACACACACACACACACACACACACACACACACACACACACACACACCCUCGCACACGCGGAACCGGCUGGGCCAGGGGAGGGAGGAGGAGGGUGACGUAGCGUCCCAUGGCGUCACAUUGACGUCUCGCAUUCCAGGCACUCUAUGGAGAGGCCGCUAGGGCUCCUGUGGCAUAAAUGACGUGCCGAGAGAGCGAGCGAACGCGCAGCCGGGAGAGCCGAGUCUCCUGCCUCCCGCCCCCCACCCCUCCAGCGCCUGCUCCUCCUCCGUUCCCCAUACACAGACGCGCUCACACCCGCUCCUUCACUCGCACACACAGACACACGCGCGCUCACACGCUCCUCGCACACACUCCACUCUCUCCCGCGCGCUCACACCCCUCUCGCCCGGCGCCCUCGCCGGUGCCGCGCGGCGCCGCAGCCGGACGCCCCUCCUGGGCUCACUUUGCAACGCUGACAGAGCGGGCAGUGGCCGUGGAGGUGGGAACCGCAGCGACAUCCUACCCCCGGGUCGCGGCAGGAGACUGGACGUCGGCGGAACCUCUCGGCGGCGCUCUCCCAUGAGUUGGGAUCGCAGCAUCCCCCGCCAGCCGCUCACCGCCUCUGGGAGCCGCUGGGCUUGUGCACCGCAGCCCUUCCGGGACAACAGCUGUGACUCUCCCCCAGUCCAGAUUUCGGGACCGCUCUCUAGAAACUCGCUCUAAAGACGGAACCGCCACAGCACCCAAAGCCCACUGCGGGAGAGCGCAGACCGACGAGCCCCGGCGCUGAGCCUGGAUCCUCAGCAGAGCCGGGCAGCACAGCAGCUGCUUCGCCUAGCCCGACGUCCCCGCCUCCUACACUCUCAGCCUCCGCUGGAGAGACCCCCAGCCCCACCAUUCAGCGCGCAAGAUACCCUCCAGAUAUGCCCUGCGUGCAAGCCCAAUAUAGCCCUUCGCCUCCGGGGUCCACUUACGCCACGCAGACGUAUGGCUCGGAAUACACCACAGAAAUCAUGAACCCCGACUACGCCAAGCUGACCAUGGACCUCGGUAGCACAGGGAUCAUGGCCACCGCCACGACGUCCCUGCCCAGCUUCAGUACCUUCAUGGAGGGCUACCCCAGCAGCUGCGAACUCAAGCCCUCCUGCCUGUACCAAAUGCCGCCUUCCGGGCCGCGGCCUUUGAUCAAGAUGGAAGAGGGCCGUGAGCACGGCUACCACCACCACCACCACCACCAUCACCACCACCACCACCAUCACCAGCAGCAGCAGCAGCAGCAGCCGUCCAUUCCUCCUUCCUCUGGCCCCGAGGACGACGUAGUGCCCAGCACUUCCAUGUACUUCAAACAGUCUCCGCCGUCCACGCCGACCACGCCAGGCUUCCCCCCGCAGGCGGGGGCGCUGUGGGACGACGAGCUGCCCUCCGCGCCUGGCUGCAUCGCACCGGGCCAGCUGCUCGACCCGCAGAUGAAGGCGGUGCCCCCAAUGGCUGCAGCGCGCUUCCCGCUCUUCCACUUCAAGCCCUCGCCGCCGCACCCUCCCGCGCCCAGCCCAGCGGGCGGCCACCACCUCGGCUACGACCCCACAGCCGCCGCUGCGCUCAGCCUGCCCCUGGGAGCCGCGGCUGCUGCCGCGAGCAGCCAAGCUGCUGCGCUCGAGGGCCACCCGUACGGGCUCCCGCUGGCCAAGAGGACGGCCGCGCUGACCUUCCCACCGCUGGGCCUCACAGCCUCCCCUACUGCGUCCAGCCUGCUGGGAGAGAGCCCCAGCCUGCCAUCGCCACCCAACAGGAGCUCAUCAUCCGGCGAGGGCACGUGUGCGGUGUGCGGGGACAAUGCCGCCUGCCAGCACUACGGGGUCCGCACCUGCGAGGGCUGCAAGGGCUUCUUCAAGAGAACGGUGCAGAAAAAUGCAAAAUAUGUUUGCCUGGCAAAUAAAAACUGCCCAGUAGACAAGAGACGUCGAAAUCGAUGUCAGUACUGCCGAUUUCAAAAGUGUCUCAGUGUCGGGAUGGUGAAAGAAGUCGUGCGUACAGAUAGUCUGAAAGGGAGGAGAGGCCGGCUGCCUUCCAAACCAAAGAGCCCGCUACAGCAGGAGCCCUCGCAGCCUUCCCCGCCACCCCCUCCGAUCUGCAUGAUGAAUGCCCUUGUCCGAGCUUUAACAGAUGCAACACCCAGAGAUCUUGAUUAUUCCAGAUACUGUCCCACUGACCAGGCCACUGCCGGCACAGAUGCUGAGCACGUGCAGCAGUUCUACAACCUCCUGACGGCCUCCAUUGACGUGUCCAGAAGCUGGGCAGAAAAGAUCCCAGGAUUCACUGAUCUCCCCAAAGAAGAUCAGACGUUACUUAUAGAAUCAGCCUUUUUGGAGCUGUUUGUUCUCAGACUUUCCAUCAGGUCAAACACUGCUGAAGAUAAGUUUGUGUUCUGCAAUGGACUUGUCCUGCAUCGACUUCAGUGCCUUCGUGGAUUUGGAGAGUGGCUCGACUCCAUUAAAGACUUUUCUUUAAAUUUGCAGAGCCUGAACCUUGAUAUCCAAGCCUUAGCCUGCCUGUCAGCACUGAGCAUGAUCACAGAGCGACAUGGGUUAAAAGAACCAAAGAGAGUGGAGGAGCUAUGCAACAAGAUCACAAGCAGCUUAAAGGACCACCAGAGGAAGGGGCAGGCCCUCGAGCCCACCGAGCCCAAGGUCCUUCGUGCACUGGUGGAACUGAGGAAGAUCUGCACCCAGGGCCUGCAGCGCAUCUUCUACCUGAAGCUGGAGGACUUGGUGGCCCCACCUUCUAUCAUCGACAAGCUCUUCCUGGACACCCUGCCUUUCUGAGCAGGGAACCCCUUGCUCUGCUGGCAUCUGAUCAUUAAGCUAGCAAAAGGAUGGUUCUGAACACCCGCCCCUCCGUCCUUCCUUCAGGGGAAAAGCAGCUCCCAUAGAAGGCAAAGACUUUUUCUUUUUUGUUUUUUUUGUUUUUUUCCUGGCACCUUUCCUUACGAUCAAAAGCCAGAAACCUUGCAGAGUAUUGUGUUGGGGUUGUGUUUUCUAUUUAGGCUUUGGUGGGUGGGGUGGGAGGGGGGGUAGAGUUGAUGAGGCUUUUCUAAGAAAUUGCUGACGAAGCACUUUUGGAUGAUGCUAUCCCAGCAGAGGGGGAAAGGAUAAUAUAACUGUUUAAAAACUCUUUCUGGGGAAUACAGUUAUGGUUGCUUUGUGUUUAAAAACAAGAACAGCCAAGGGCUGUUCACCAGGGUAGACUGUGUCUUAAGACUGAUCCCUUUACGAUAUACUUCCUGUAUCAAGGGUACAUACGUCAUGCAAGCAAGGCAGAAAAUUCCCUUUCCUUCAUUUCUUUAUUAUUUUAAAAAAAAACAAAAACAAAUGGCAAAAGACGGAAAUUUAUCUACAAAUCAGACUUAGCAAAAUGAUAAUGGCUGUUUGCUUCCAUAUACAAGUGCAAUUUUUCAAGUGCUGUCUUACUAAGUCUUGUUUGUGAACUCUCCCUUAUUUCAUAUGAAAAUAAGGAGGCAGUCAUGUUAGCAAAUGGCACGCUCAUUUUCCUAGCAAAGGCUUGAUCCACCUGCCCUGUAGAACCCUUCAGAGGUGUGGCCCAUCUAAGACUUUCAGGCCAUUCUUGAUGGAAUCUGACCCCUGAUGACUAUCCAGCUGUCCUAAAGGGGAUCAGGUUAUAAAAUGGAUUGCAUACGACUGCAUUCAUUGUAUCCUAUCAACCUGGACAGAGUUCUCUAAACCUACUAAGGUCGUAGCAACGUCUGGUUCAUCCAUUCAGAAGCCCAAGAAGUGUUGGGAGAAUCAGUCAAGUAUUUGCUUCCCCUCAAGGAGAACAUGCAAAUAAGUAGGAACUGGGUCAUACAGGGUAAGCACCAGAGGUGAAAAGGAUUUAUAUAUAUAUAUAUAUAAAAUUUAAUUUUUGUUAUUGGUUAAAGAGACAAUUUUGGAAAGCAAGCAAAUCAUCUUUUUUUAAAAAAAAAAAAAAAAAAACCAUAGUAUUAACGUGAGUACUAGAAAAGAUUAGUGGGUUGCGGUUCAACAUUCCGUGUUUGCGCCCCUUUUAUAUGUUUCUACUGUUGAUGCCAUAUUGUUACGAAAUAAUUUGUUGCAUAGUGUCCUUAUUUGUAUGAACAUUUGUAUGCACGUUAUAUUGUAAUAGCUUUGCCUGUAUUUAUUGCAAGACCACCAGCUCCUGGAGGCUGAGUUACAGAAUAAUCAAAUGAGGUGUUCGUGGUGACUUGGAUACACCAAUUAGAAAUUAAAUAAGCAUAUAUAUAUCUAUAAACAUAGCAGGUUACAUAUAUAUUUAUAAUGUGUCUUUUUAUUAACCAUUUGUACAAUAAAUGUCACUUCCCACGCCAUUAUUUUACCCUUCAUUUGCAGUGACCUUUAAGGCAGCACUGUUUAGCACUUUGAUAUGAAAAUUUUGCUUAUGUUUUGCUAAAUUCAAAUAAUGUUUGAAGAUUUUUAGGUCUAAAAGUCUUUAUAUUAUAUACUCUGUAUCAAGUCAAGAUACCUUUGGCCGUUUUGCUAAGAAUCAAACUUUGAAUGUCAAACUGAUGUCACAGUAGCUUUUGUUAGCUUUAAAUCAUUUUUGCUUUAGUCUUUUAAAAAAAUUAACAAAACUAUGCUGUUUAUAUCGUCAUUAAAUUAUACAAUCAAACAAAUACCAAAUGAAUUGCCUAAUUGCUGCAAAGUGUAACCCAGAUAACAAAUCAUAUCCUUUCCUCUUUUUUUUUUUUUUCCAAAUCAUUCGGAUAUUUGACCGUGUAUUUUGUUUGUGUGAGAUUUUAUGAAAGAUAUUACUUUUCUUUCAAGAUGACAGGGCCUGGAAUGUUAGGAUUUUGAACUUCAGACUUGGAAGGGGCCUGGCUCAUCAUCUGGUCAGAUCUCCUGAAAUUCACAACAGAGAAAAGUGGGGCCCAUCGCAGGGCAGACUGCUACAGCAGAAUUGAGACUAGGACUUAAUUCACCUUUGCUCGGUCCUUCCCUACAACUCGCUGCAUCUCUAGGAAAAUAGACUUUUAAACAGAGUCACUCGUAUUAACAUUUUACCUGCAGACAGCCUUGAAUAAAGUAGUACUUUGGCAUUAAUUUGUUGAGCUUAUUUGCAAACAUAAUAAACAUUAUUAAAUAUCAGGAAAGCUAACAUUUCACACCAGAUCGCUUCAGACCAAAUUCAAAUCGAAUUUGAAUAAAUUAGAAGUACUGAGCGUACAUAACCUUCUUGUGCACCUUGAAUAUUCGAAAGUUAAUCCUUGUUUUGGUCCUGUCUGAGAAGCAGAACAGCAGCACAGUGCUCUAGGGAAAUGCUGUUCCUUUUGGUCAGCCCAUCUGAUUGAAGGGAAAGGACCGUCUAGGCGGCGUAUCUGCUGGUUUGAAGAAAUAAUGGCACUGUUUUAGUUCCAGGGCCAGACACUAGUGCUAAAAGAAAAGACCUAAACAGCCAGUGCUCUUCUGUCUUCCAUAGUUAUCACAACUAUGAGAGCUUCUCAAGUCAUCAAGCCGUUCAAUUUUUUAUUUUUGAAUGUUGACACACGAGUGUACGCAGAGUGGAUGGCACACUAGCUCUGAGGAGGACAAGCAUUAAUGCAGGUGAUUCCUCCCCUGGAGGGAGUGCUCUCUCAGUGCAAAGCCACCCUCAGCUGGAAACCCAGAAUCUACCCGCUGUUAUUGGAGAGUGCCUUGCUUUUGUUUCAGAUGGCUGAGUUUCCCAAGCCCUUCUCCUCUAACAGCAUUGCUUUUUAGUGUGUGUUAACCUGUGGUUUGAAGGAAAUGCUCUUGUACAUUAACAAUGUAAAUUUAAAUAAUUAAAUUAAAUUACAUUUUACCAAUGGC